AUGGGGAAGAAAGGCGGCAAUUUGGCAGCCGCUGUCGCUAUGCUCACUAAGUCGGCAGAUGCAGAUGAUGAUGAGAGUGUGAUCAUGGAGGUCGCACCGCCCUCUGGGAAGAGGGCUGCCGAGGGUGAGCGAGUUGGUGACCGGAGGGCUGCCCCAAAACCCAAAGUUGCCCCCGCUCCCACACCGCCCGGGCCAAAGCCGAAGGCUGCGCCCCUACCUAAGGCCAUUAUGCCGCCUAGCCCAAUGGCCAAGUCGGCGCCUGCUCCCCCUGUGGUGGCACCGGCGCCUAAGCCCAAGGCAAAGGCGAAGUCGCGUGCCAAGCAGGUGAAGACAGAUGCUUUGACCGCACCCACCUUUGAAGUCUCUUGGGAGAACAUCAGUCUGGUCCAAGAACACUUUGGACUCACUGAGCAGGAAGCUGUGGAGUGCUUGCUUCAGGUCGUCGGUCCAAGCAAGGCCGGCGAGAGAUUCUGGAGCAAAUACAAGACGACUAAGAAGCCUCCUGUUCCAGAGCCCAACGUGAAGAAGUCUGAAGCCGCGGAGGCGGACGCCGCGGAGGCGGACCUAGCUGACAUUGAUAGGCAGAUCGAUGAAGACUUCGACGAGCUCUUCUCAGCGACUGAGGCUGACGAGGAGGAUUUGGAUGGUGAGGUGCUUGAGCCCGCCGAGAUCGACUGUGAGGAGACUCAGCCCAUGGCUGUGGACGGCGCAUUUGCUGACACGCAAGUGGACACGCUUGCAGCUGGGGGUGCCCCUCCAGAACCUACUCAUGAGGGAUUCAAUUUGCAAAUAUGGGAAACCCUCUUACCUGGGAAAAUUGAGGACAGCGAAGACUUUGCGGCUUGGGCAGGAGCAUUUGUCCAGGCAAGCUUCCGUGACUCAACUUGUUGGAGCCAAACCGACCAAGCAUUUGUCGCCAUCAAAAACGGAAUCCACGUAUCUCAAUCCAGACAGUGGCAUAUUUCUAAUUUGUUGAGUUUCCUCCUUUGUGUUUGCGCGCGUGGUUCGAAUGAGCCUGUCGUGAACAAUCCAAGGUUGGGUCCAUCCGCCUCAUCAGCUCAUCUGGGGUCGGCAGAUUUGGGAGAGAUCGCCAACGCUUUGAAUUUGAUUCAGAGCCUCCUCGGAGGCAGCAGCUUUGCCAAGGGCUUGGCAGAUGAAAUUGCUCACAAGGUUUCUGCCGCAGAAGAGGUUGCUAAGGCAAAGCUUGGGGAGUCUUCUGCUAGCAGACUGGGCGAGGUGCCGGUUGCAAAGAGUGGCGCAGUGCCUGCUGCUUUGGGCAAGCCUUGUGAGACACCCGGCGAGACUGCUGAUGCUCCAGCUGCUCCUGCGGAGGCUGAGCAGCCUGAGGUGGAGCCAGCCCCGAUCAACCCAGCUGCUAAGGAAGAGGUGGUGAACAGCGCAACACACCGGGCUGCGCACGCCAGGCUCACACGGCGGAUGCAGAGCGCCUCUGCCGACAAGGCUGAACUUUUGAAAAGGUUUGUUCGCAGCGGGGAGAACAUUGACAACAUUGAGAUGCAGCUGAAAGUCAGCCGGGAGUCUGAAGGCGAACUGAAGCGUGGCAAGGAAUGCCUGACCAUUGCUGAGAUGAAAGCCAGAGGCAUGUCCCAGAGCAAGAUUGCCGCAGUGAUUGCGCGAGGCGGUGGCAUCCCCGAUGCCGAUGCGCCAGGAGACGCUGAGUCCACCCGUUUCUGGGUGACCACAGCCAUGACUGCAACAGAGACGGAGAGGGUCAAUGUCACUGCAGCAGCCAACGUGAAUGUCGCGGCCACUGAGGCCAAUGUGGUUGGCUUGCUGUCCGGUGGCAAUGCUCCGCAGAUGGGAAAUGUGAGUCAGUUGGCUCUGACUAAUGGUGACAGCGGAUCUGCAGCGCCAAACAUGGAGGCUUUGCUGGCUUGUGCGACCGGUCGCGCUCCUGCUCCAAACGGAGCCCCCAAGGCCAAAGCAAAGGCCAAGGCAAAGGUGAAGGCACAGACCCCCAAGACCCCAGCGGAACGUCGUGUGGCCGUUCGCAGUAUCUUGAAGAAAGAGCUCAAUGGCGCAGCUAUUGGUUUGGAGCUUCCGGGGGACAACGGCCUUCGCCUUCAACUGGACCGGAAGAAGGCAAGUUUGGAAUCUCUUCUGGAUGAGUUGAGGGAUUGCGCUGAUGAAGCGCUGGAGGACCUUGAGAUGCGUGCAAACGUGGAGGCCCUGAUCGUUCUUUUGGUAUCUUUUGAACUUCUCUUUUGGUGCAAUACCUUUUCAAUACAGGGUGACAUCGACCCGGAUGAUCCGGGCUCAGGCGCGCGCUGUGGCAUCGGAGCUGAAGAAGACCACAGACUCAUCCUGAGCAGCUGCUGGCGUCAGAUUUUCCAUUCAUGGCUGGCCUACAGCAUUGGCUCUGGCUAUACCAGUGUCGCCCAUUCCAGGAUGCUGGCUGAAUGCUAUGAUUCCGAUCUGGUUUCGUCCCGCCGUGAGCGCGGCCUUCGAGAAAGAGCUGCCCGACAAUCCAUCGGAUUGCCGGUCGACCCGACCUGGGUGUCGGUCCCAUUGCUCAAAGAUUUGGAGACCGGUGACAUCGAGAUGGCAACUGCGCUUCUCUCGGAGGGCUACCUCAAGGCUUUAGUUGGUGACUUUCAGGCAGUGCCACACUAUUGGGAAGGUGAUGAAGUACAGUCCAACAAUGAUAGCUGGAUGUUCCUUGUGUGGGCCUCUGACCUUUCCCCAUACUCAACAAAUUCUGUGGCGUCUCGCUGGCCAAUCGCUAUUGUUCCAGCAUCCCGCUAUGUAGUGGAGGCCGGUGUGAAUUUGACCUUGCAAGCCCUCACUGCGGAAAUAACGAAAUCUUUCAACCAGCUCUCAUCUUCUGGCAUCAAGCUCCGGAAUUACAAAUCUAUGGGUGGUGGAACAGUUGCCACACUGCGCUUUUGGGUGCUCGGGUUUCGCGGUGAUUGGAAAGCCCUAGUGCAGAUUCUGAACCUGGAGCGGAGUUACAACGACAACAAGGUAUGCUUCCUCUGCGACGCAACGAAGGGGGCCGCCAACGACGUCCACAUGUGCUAUACAGACACAUCUGACUCAGCUCCAUAUUGGGCUUCACUGUAUGUCACGGAACCAUGGUCAUCGCGCCCAAGCUAUGCUGGACUGCGGGCUUUCCACAUCAGUAUGGUCGUUCCAGACCUGCUUCACGUGUUCAAUUUGGGGGUGGGACAACACGUGGCCGGUGGAGUUCUGAAAAGACUGCUAACAGAGAGAACUGCUUUCCCAGGAAACGACUUGGAUACGAGGAUGCGAGCUGCAACUGCUUCUCUACGAGCGUACGCUCGGACUCAUCAGUUUCACCUUCGAAUGAAGAAGAUCACGAAGAAACGGCUUCGAUGGACCCGAGGAUACCCAGAGCUUGCAUCCUCUGGGUAUGAUUGCUUCGUAGUGCUUUCCUGGCUGGAAGAAGUCCUGGACUUACACAAAGCUGUUUACCCAGAGCUCUACACCCUUUGCUGGUCAAGCAAUAAGAGCAUGCGCCUUCUUUACGCCAAUAAAACCUAUUUUCUGAGCGACGAUGAACGAAGGACGCUCCGCUUCCUAGGCCAAGUUUUUUGCAGCUGCUACGUUGCCUUGGCCCACGCGGCCAUUCAAGAAUGCAAGAUGUACUGGCGUUGCGUUCCGAAACUACACCUACUAGUCCAUGUAUACUCAGCCCGGAGAAAAAUCAACCCAGCACGUUACUCAACGUGGAUGGACGAGGACUUUUUGAGGAAGACUAGUAAAACACUAGGUCUUACAGCUGCCUCCGGUGCGCAGCUGCGCUUUCUUCAGCGAUGGGUCCUGCAAGUCCCGGGUACCCUGGACCGAUUGCACUCCAGCGGCCAGUGA